AUGGAUGCGGCACUGAAGCUUGCGCAGCCAACGACGGUUCGUCACUGCAAAGACUGGGACGGCGAAGAUGACCCAGGAAAUGCGAGGAACUGGUCACUGACUCGAAAAGCCAUCUCGACGACCGUCAUAUGCCUGAUCGGCUUCAACACCACGAUGGGAGCGUCUAUUUACGCACCAGGUCAUGAGCAGGUGAAGGCUGAAUUCGGGGUCUCGACAACCGUUGCAUUGCUGCCGCUCUCCUCGUACUCGCUUGGAUUGGCCUUUGGCCCAACGAUAUCCAGUCCUCUGUCGGAGACGUUUGGUCGCAAGUUCGUCUUCCUCCUCACUUUGCCCCUGUUCGACAUAUUCGUGCUUGGCUUCGGGCUCUCGAGGAGCAUUGCAUCGUUGAUCGUCUGCCGCUUCUUCGCGGGCAUGUUUGCUGCGCCGGGGGUCUCGAUCGCCGCAGCCACAAUCGCCGACUACAUGGCGCCUCGGCGACGCGCACUGCCUCUGGCAUUUUACUACACGGUGCCUUUCAUCGGGUCUGCGGUGGGGCCCUUGAUCGGUGCUUUUGCGGUGGAGAAGAAGGGUUGGCGAUGGACCGCGUGGAUCAUUCUCAUGGCGGCAGCUGUCUUGCAUCCUCCGGCACUGUAUCUACGAGAAUCCUACAAGACCAUCAUCUUGCAGCGAAGGGCACGAAAAUUGGGCGUGGACGGACCGUCAGGCCCGCAGCUUACAGUGGCGGAGACGCUGAAGAGGUUCAUCACCACGACCAUUCUCCGCCCACUGCACAUGUUGACCACCGAGCCGCUGGUGGGCUUUCUCUGCCUCUACUGUGGGUUUCAAUUUGCGUUGCUGUACACAUUCGUUGUGGCAAGUCCGUGGGUGUUUGAGAGGGUGUACGGCUUCGACGUGAGCGCCCAAGGUCUCUCGUUCUUGGGAUUAAUUGCUGGAUGCGUGGCAGCACCGUUUGUACUCAUUUUGGUGGAUCUAUACCUCUACCAGCCACGAUUGACGCGCAGAAGAAACGAUGCAGACCCGGCAAUCAGAGCGAGCGGUCUCCCGCCCGAAGACAGGCUAUUCGCCGCCCUCUAUGGCAGUCUCGUGCUGCCGAUUGGUAUCUUCUGGUUUGGAUGGUCUGCCCGGCCAGGCGUGCCGUGGAUCAGCCCCAUUAUCGCACAGGGUGUGACAAUGCUGGGUAGCAUUCUGAUCUAUGUGCCGUGCAACUUCUUCAUGUUGGAUGUCUACGGCGCAAAGUAUGGUGCAUCUUCCAGCGGUGCGUCGUCACUCACGAGAUAUACCCUGUCGGCAGCGUUUCCCCUGUUUGUCACCCCGAUGUAUGAGGCUCUGGGGACAGCGUGGGCAUCCAGUCUGUUGGGCUUCAUUGCAGUGGCGAUGGCACCUAUACCGUGGGUUUUCUAUUAUUAUGGGCCGAAUCUGAGAGCAAGGAGCUCGUAUGAGCAUGGAACCUAG